AUGGUGUCGCGUCGCAACCAGACACUUCUGUCGCUAUCAAUUUUCUUGGGGGUUCUCGCCUGGAAUGUCGCUGCCGCUGCUGUCAAAGGCGAAACUGGAGGCGUGCCAGUGGGGCAAUUGAGUGUUCACGAGAUUGAGGAGCAGUUGCAGGAAUGCCCACUGGUUCAAGCUCUCAAUGAGCACAAGAUUGCGACCAACCCCACCACGUCAUCUCUGAGCUCUCAGAUCUUUGCUGUGCUCUUCCCAGGCACUCCGGCCGUCAAUGCCCUUCUCGCUACCCUCUACAUCUCUGGGCCGCCGAACUUCCUCCUCGCACUAUGCCCGCCCAACAUCGACCCCUCCUCCCUCUCCGUCAUGGUCGCCUUCGCUGUUGGUGGGCUGCUGGGCGACACACUGUUCCAUCUCCUGCCCGAGAUCUUCCUGGGUGAAGAUGAGCCUGGGAAUGUCAAAUUUGUGAUGGUGGAGCCAAACAAGAACCUGCUACUGGGUGUGGCUAUCAUGGUCGGCUUCAUCACAUUCGUGGCCAUGGACAAGGCGCUGAGGAUUGCGACGGGUGGAGCAGGUGGCCACGAUCAUUCUCACGGACACUCCCAUGAGAAGGUCGAGGUCACGGCCAAGUCCACUGGCGUUGAUACGGGUGCGAAGGACGGUGUGCGUGCUCGUAAGCCUGCUGCCAACGACGCUGUCGUCGCUACCGAGAAGGAGAAGGAGAUCAACGCCAGCGUCAAGCUUGGUGGUUACCUCAACCUCAUCGCCGACUUCACCCACAAUAUCACCGAUGGCCUCGCCCUCAGCUCAUCGUUCUAUGCAUCCCCCACCAUUGGCGCCACCACCACCGUCGCUGUGUUCUUCCAUGAAAUCCCUCACGAGGUCGGCGACUUUGCUCUGCUCAUCCAGUCAGGCUUCAGCAAGCGGGCAGCGAUGGGCGCACAGUUUGUGACGGCUGUGGGCGCUUUCCUUGGCACCUGUAUUGGCAUCGCAGUACAAGAACUUGGUGGCAGCGCAGCCACAGUUGAUGCCCAUGUUACUGGCCUUUGGGGGACGAGCCUGCAGUGGGGUGACAUGCUUUUGCCUUUUACUGCAGGCACCUUCUUGUAUGUCGGCACAGUGGCUGUCAUUCCUGAGCUGCUUGAAACAGGCCCAAACAAGAGCGAGGAGCUCAAGAAGACCCUCACCCAGUUCGCUGCUAUGUUCUUGGGUGCGGGCAUCAUGCUUGCCAUCUCUUGGUCCUAA